CAGUGAGAUUUCUUCCCCUUCCUUGCAGCUGGCGGAGGUGAAAGCAUCGGAGAGGAGCCUCCGUGUCCGAGUGAAGAGUCUGACCAAUGAGCUGGCCUUAUACAAGAAAGGGCGCUUGACCCCCACCGGCCCAUCCCCUCAGAACCGAUCGGCAUCCUCCCGCGGCUUCAGUCACGCUGCCCCAGGCCGGAGCAGCGCUGCGGCCAUGGCCCGAGAGGAGAGGCGCUCCACCUCUGGGGAGCGCUCCAACUCCCGGGAGCGUGGCGGGGCCUGGCCGAUGAACCGGCCACGCUCCACGUCCAGAGAAGGGCGCGGCGGGAGCCAGACCCGCCUCCCUCGCCAGUCACCAUCACCCACAGGCACCCGGCCGCCGCGCUUCGACCCCACGGCCUUUGUGAAGGCCAAAGAGCGGAAGCAGAAGGAGGCCGAACUGAAAAACCAGCGACGGGUCCGGCGUGGCGCCGGUGAUGCGCCGCCCGGCAGCUGGGGCCGCUCCAACUCCCGGGGCCUGGCAGCCUUCAGCGGAGACAGCCUGGGCAGGAGUCGCGGACGCAGCUCGUCGGUGGAGAGCUUCCGCAGCCGGCGCUCUUCAGCAAGCUCGGGCAGCGAGGCAGAUGAUUACUCCGAGCCAGUACCCCUAAGGGGCAGGCGGCGGGCCCCCCGAGGCAGGAAGCCCUUGAGUUCCUCCUCCUGGAACGGCCCCAGCGGGGCUCCUCGAGCGGAUGCCGGGCGCAGGAAACGCCUGGCCAGCACCCCCACCGCGAGCAAGCGAGCGGAUAAAGAGAACCUGUACGAUGAGCCAUCGGCCGACCUGUCCGAGAUCGACGCCCGGCUGCAGGCCCUGCAGGAGUACAUGAACAACCUGGACACCAGGACGUAGCCAGCGGAGUGUGGGAGAGGGAGGGCGGGCACGUGGCCCAGGCUCGGAGCCCUCCACGCUGCUCGCAGGGGGACCUGGAGAGGGGGGCCAAGCGACCAGGCCUUGGAGCCCUCCCUGCCGCUCCCAUGGGGCCGAGCCAAGAUCUCUCUCCCCCAUAGGGACUCUUUGCCCUGCUGUCUCUGGGCUCUACUCCAGGCUGGACAAUAGAAGAUUAGCAAGGUGGAUCUUUGGGAGAGGGGGCUCAGGAUCUUAGUUCCUCCCUAACUUGUUCCCAUCAGAAAUUCCCAUCC